AAAAAAAGUGUUUAUGUGUGUAUAUAAGGAAGUACUUAAAAUAACUGGCAAACUCAACCCCUAUUUUCUGUUUACGGAAGUCCUGCCCAGGCCAUGUGAGCAGGUGCGCGUUUCUGACAAUUUAGGGAAAGUAAGGCGAUCAUCACUAUGAAAACCCUGGUCAACAUGGAAUCGUGGAACGCAAAUGGAACGCGGAAGUGAACCCGAACGUGGAGAACAGGCCGUACGGGGAGCCAUGGAGGAGGCAUGGGAGCAGAAGAAACCCUGGUGGAAAAGCCUUGUUUCGUUUUUUCCUCAAAUUAGGUUCACCACCGCGGCAGCUCUGACUAUUUUGCUAUCUUCGGUGAUUUCAGGCCCGACUCUGCUGAGGGUGGUCCGAGGGGAAGAUGUGGGGGUCAGAUAUGAUUUGGAGGCCGGUGUGCUGGAGAGCUUCACAGGUACUGUGCUUUACACGUAGGAUCCUGCCAGCAUAAAGUAGAAUAGUUAUGUGACUACAAUUCCCUAAAUGCUUAGUUAACAGAACCGGAGCAUCCUGGGAAAUGCAGUUCAUUUCGUAGGCAGUGGCAGGGUCAGUCCUCUGCUCCUUAGCCAUGUAUGGUCAGUAGGAAGUCUUUGUGGUACCCAAACUAGAUAUGUGCAGUCAUUUCUUUUCACUUAUAUUUAAAGAAGAAAUGUCACACACACACACACAUAUAUAUAUAUAUAUAUAUAUAUAUAUAUAUAUAUAUAUAUAUAUAUAUAUAUAUAAUUUUAUUUUAUUUUUUUAACUUUGUUUAGUCAUCCUGUGUAUAGACAGACACAUACAUACAUACAUAUAUAUAUAUAUAUAUAUAUAUAUAUAUAUAUAUAUAUAUAUAUACAGAGACACACACAUAUACAAAAUGUUUGUCACCCUCCUGCUUCCUACCUUUUGCAGGAGGGUGACUUUCACUGGGGGCUCAGCCUAAUGGGAGUCAGAGUUCCCACUCUGACUCCCUCCCGCACGGCUCUCUGAUAGCUGGGAGGAGUGACCAGGGCAGUCACUUCCUCCCAACUCUGAUGUCAUCACAGGGGGCCCGGUCGCAGCGCUGACCGGGCCCCCUUAAAAUCCAUAUUCAUUAGGUGGCCCUAACAGCAUGGGCCCCUUCAUGUGCGGCCACGGCGGAUUGCCGCACAGGCUGCGGCCGCAAAACAUGGCAGCGGGUACCCCACCUACCGUGGUAUGUAUGUCAGUGCCAGUAACGCUUAUCAUAUAGAGCAGGGGUCAGCAACCUAUGGCACUUUUCACAGCAUUCAAGACUGCCAGAGCCAAACUGGCUGUGGUCUAUCAGGCGUCCCAGAAGGAUUUCAGAUAUUUGCAAGUGCAACCCGAGUUGUGAUUAGAGGUGGUGAGGGACAAUACUCAAUUUAGGCAUUGCAGAAAUUAGAGGAAGUGAUCUCAUAUCACUUUCUGUCCGCAUUUUUGAACGGGAAUUCGUACUGGAGUAGAGCAGCCCUCAACAGCUAUUGCAGUUCCUGUCCUUGAACUGUACCUGGUCAGCCAGUCCCCACUGAACACCAGGGAAGCCACCCCCACUCCUGUGUAUAUACACAGAGCUGCAGAAGAACCCUCCCUCUCAUACAAACAGCACACACACAAACACACGUCCCCACAAACACAACACCACGGACAAUCAACAUACAGACAUGCAACCCCACAAGUAGCCACUCACAUGCAAUACCCUAAACAGUCCCACACUUACAUACAACAUCAAACACACAAUGUAAUCUAUAAUCUAGGUGCACAAAAGUUUGUCCCAUACACAACCCACAUUCAUAGAUAUCAUACACAAUAUCACAGAAAUUCCUGUCAAGAGAUCUACUGAGACAAAGUAGUAGGGACUUUGUCUCUGUAUUUUUCCUCUGCCUGACUUUCUUAGAAUCAAGGAGGAGUCUAAGAGUCAAUCUCGACUGAUGUUACCAGUGACGGCUGCAGGGAAUUGGCUGUGUCUAUGGAGGAUUUCCCACAGACCUCAGAGCUGUACUCUCGUGCAUGUACAGCAGUGACGUUGGCUCCUGGCACUAAGAGGAGCAGCGCAAGAAAGAUGGCGGGGCCCACGAGGGACAGGUUCAGGUAAGUAAUCUUACCUUUACCUGCCCCCUGCAGCCGCAGGAUCUCCAGCAGCGAUGUCACUGUCAAGGGACUUUGUGAACUCGGCAAAGUCCCGAGACAGUGCAGUGCCAUUUAACUUCAUGUUAAUAAUUUGUCAAGCCCUUUUGCUCCUAACAGUAGUAGAGAGAAUAAACAGAAGUGGAGAAAUUGAACAAUGUUUUUGUUUUUCCUUCUUAUUUGCAAUGUGUGCCCUGGCUGUGCGUAGAGCCAUUCGGUAAAUCUUUUAAAGACCUCCAAAAAGCACUGUAACCACUACAGUGCCGGAGUCCCUUGGUACUGUUGGACUAACCAGUCUCUGAUAGGUUCCUGUGCUGCUUCCAGUCAUACCAACUCAGACCAAGUUGGGACAAUAUUCAUAUGCUGAGAGUGUCGCUAUAGCGAAAGCUCUGAGCCUUUACUGCCACCCAUUGCUUCUCUAGCUACGUGGAGCAUCACCCCUAGCAGUGGAGAGGUGCCAGGUUGUGUGUGUGUCGUUAUACCCUCAUUAAGUCUUAAACUGUUCAAAGAUGGUUUAACGUUGAACAAUGGGACAGACCCAGGUAUCUCCAGGCACCAUAACCAUUUCAAUGCAGUACAAAGUUUGCAAUUUGAAAUAAAAAAUAAAAAAAAAAUAUUCAACACUAUCCUUUUUCCAGCAUGACUAUUUUGGCACAACGAUUUCCUGGUGUGUUAUUAAUAAAUAAAGAAAUUAUUUUUGAGUUCCUAAUGUGGUAAUUUUGCCUAAUUCUCUGUGGACCUUAUCAGUAUAUUGUUUGUUUGUCUUUGUUUUUUACUUCUUUAAUAUGGCUUUUGUUUUCAGUCUACAGGUUGAUCACAUAUAUAUAUUUCCACGAUGAUCUGCGAUCAUGGGGAUGCAGCUGCCUGACCAUUUGGUAUUUUGGUGCAGGUUUUGAGGAGAGCUUUGGCACUGUAAAGUUCUGCCUCCUCACACCUUUGUUUUCAGUGUGUGUGGGGACGCUGUAUCUGGCCAUUACAUCUACAGGUCUCAGCUUGCCUGUGGGUGAUGGCAGAGUUCAAGGAUUCACAGCUAUGGCCUUUUGCAUGGUGACUAUCUUCUGCACAAAGACCAGACUUCGACGCAUCCCUGUUUUGGGGUUCAUGGUUCCCAUUAAAGUGCUGCCUGGGUUAUUUCUCUUCCCAGCCCUCUUCAUACCACAUGCUCCAGUCUUCAGCAACAUGUGUGGGAUCUUGGUCGGCACUGUCUGUAUCCUUUAUUAUGUAAAAUUGAUAGAUUUAGCUUUUUUAAUUUACACUUUAUAUUGUUUCAGGCAGUUUAAUAAUGCUGUAAGCUGUGGAGUUACACCUCCAGGAGGUAACCUAAAUGUCUCACAGUUUCAUACUGUGACGCUGCACAUACAGGCUGCUGGCACAGUGACCACUUUUAACCACUGAAGUGGUCAUGGUGCUUGGAGUAACCCUUAUGUAAAUGAAGCCUUUUUUUCCUCCCAGUUUAACCCUAUAACAUAAUGCUUGCAAAUGAAAAGUAAUAGUUAAUAUUUUGGAAAUAUACACAUUUGAAAAUAGACAUUUUGCAAUAAUUAGAAGUAAUUCUGUACCAUCUAGGUGUUGCUGUAGCAUGUAGAACUGUGUAAGUUAGCAAUACCAAGAAGAACUUAAGGGAAGAUGGAAAUAUGCUAGUAAACCUAGAGGAGCUAUAUCAACCAUGUGUAAUGUCUUCCUUACACUUCGAAAGAGUCAAGAAACCCAGGUGAAAGCACAUACUCAAUAAAGCACUGAAUUCAAAGACAUGACAAAAUUCUAUAAAAAAAAUAAAAAUAAAUGUCUUUUUAAAGUUGUAUUGAAACAAUAGCCGCAUAGGUAAAGAUUUUCAGCCAGAAUGGUAAUAUCUCCCUUCCCAGAGUGGCUAAUUAUUGCAGCAAUUUGGAUGGAGAUCUCUCUGAUCCCUGCAGUUCAGAGUCAAAGCCAAUCGUGCAUGGUCGCAGCUCAAAAGAUCCAUGCACAGGGCCUGGUUUACAAAAUUGUCAGCUGUACACUGAAUAAGCUGGUGGUAGCCUUUAUAUGACUACUAUUUGUGUAUACAGCUAUUGUAAUCAUCCUAUCUGAUGGAUAGAGUUGCAGCCAAAGAAUUAACUCUAUAUUCCAUAAUGGGACUUAUUGGAUGUGUAGCGAUUGUACAGCGCUGCGGAAUUUGUAGGCACUAUAUAAACGUUAAUGUACAAGUAGGUCUGGGAAUAUUUGGACACUGGAACAAGUUUUUGUUAUUUCAGCUGGUUACCAAAAUAUAUUACAGUUAAGUAUAUGGGCUUAAAGUGCUGUCUCAGCUUUAAUUGGAGGGUAUUCACAUCCAAAUUGGAGGAAGGAUUUAGGAAUUACAGCUCUUUAAUAUGUAGCCCCCCUCUUUUUCAAGGGACCACAAGUAAUUGGACAAUUGACUCAAAAGCUGUUUAAGAAAUAGUCCACACUUGUCCAUUAAUCAAUAAAGCAGGUAUAGGUCUGGAGUUGAUUCCAGGUGUGGCAUUCACAUUUGGAAGCUGUUUCUGUGAACCCACUACAUGCGGUCAAAGGAGCUCUCAAUGCAAGAGAAUGGGCACAACAUUCGCUAACUUCCAAUCUUCUGGGACUACUCCUGUUAACAAUGAUUGGUUAAAUAAAUCUGUUAAUGGUUUUGCUAGUACACCACUAAGCUCUUUUAAUAGCUUUGGGUGUGUUCGAUCAGGUACCAUUGACUUAUUUGUAUUUACUUUUGGGAGUUGAAAUAGAACCUCUUCCUCUGUGUAAUAAAUGACUCAUUUAUCCUUUUUCUUAACUUUCAUCUGUAAAUACCAAACAAAAAUAUUAAUUGAGGCAGUCAGCUAGACCUUUAUCCUCUUCUACAUACCUUCCUUCUUUUGUUUUUAAUCUAACUAAUCCUUGUGUGAUAAAUGACUCAUUUAUUCUUUUUCUUAACUGAGGUCCCUUUCCUUAAUUUUCAUCUGUAAAUACCGAACAAAAAUAUUAAUUGAGGCAGUCAGCUAGACCUUUAUCCUCUUCUACAUACCUUCCUUCUUUUGUUUUUAAUCUAACUAAUCCUUGUUUUACUUUUCUUUUCUCAUUUAUGUAUCUAACUUAAGUUUUGUCCCCCUUUUCUACUGACUGAGCUAUUUUCUCUUCUGUGUGUGAUUUGGAAGCUCUUAUAACUUGCUUAGCCUCUUUCUGCCUAAUCUUAUAGAUCAUUCUGUCUUCCUCACUCUGUUUUUUUUAUAAUUACUAAAUGCUAACUUUUAGUUUUUUACUAUUUUGGCCACAUCUGCAGAGUACCACAGUGGUUUCUUGAAUUUUUUGCUUUUACUGACAAGCCUAAUGCAAUUUUCUGUUGCCUUCAGCAGUGCAACUUUUAAAUAAUCUAAUUUCUCUUGGACUCCAUUUAAACUGCUCCAGUCUGAUAAUGACUCCUCUACCCAUAUUCUAAUUUUAGAAAAGUCUGUUUUUCUAAAGUCUAAAACUUUUGUUUUUGUGUGGUGUGACUCAGUCACUGUUCUUAUAUUAAACCACACUGACUGAUGAUCACUGGAUCCUAAACUUUCACCUACAGUAAUAUUUGAUACCAAAUAUCCAUUUGUUAACACUAAAUCUAGUAUGGCCUCUUUACAAGUUGGCUCCUCAACUACUUGUUUUAAAGACAAUCCCAGUAGGGAGUUUAGAAUAUGUGUGCUCCUGGCACAAGCCGCUAUUUUGGUUUUCCAGUUCACAUCAGGAAGAUUAAAGUCACCCAUGGUGAUAACUUCCCCCUUCAUUGUCAUUUUAGCAAUUUCCUCAACUAGUAGAUUAUCUAACUCUUCAAUUUGUCCUGGGGGCCUAUAAAUCACACCUACACGAGUAACUGUGUGAUUACCAAAUUCUAACGUAACCCAAACGGACUCCAUGUUCACCUCACUAACUUUUAUUAGGCUAGAUUUUAUGCUAUCCUUCACAUAUAGGGCCACCCCUCCCCCUUUCUUGCCUUCCCUGUCUUUUCGAUAUAAAGAGUACCCUGGUAUUGCUAUGUCCCAGUCAUUUUUCUCAUUAUACCAUGUCUCAGUAACAGCGACUAAAUCUACAUUAUCAGUUGCCAUUAUUGCCACAAGUUCAUGGAUCUUAUUCCCUAAACUGCGAGCAUUUGUAGAUAUGACUCUAAGCUUAUCAUUUUUUAACACACUUGCUUAUACAGGCACCUUCUGUCCUUGUUUUGGGGGACAAUUGGAUUGAUGUGUUAUCACCUUCAAUGUAACUUCAAUGUAUCCUUGACUUCGAUCUAGUUGGUCUGGGUGGCUGCUUUUGUUUGGACUUCCCAGAAUUCUUGAUGUGUCGAGUGGAACAGAUGCUGCCAUUUAGACUUCUGAAGCGCAUCCCGAUGUGUAAAUACAUACCUGCAUCUAUGGCUGAACGCAGUGCUUCCCAGACCCGGAAGUAAGUGUUAUUAUUAUUUCAUUGUAACUACACAUCGUCUGGCAUGUAAAACUUUCUCCCAAACAUUGCUUUAUUACAGCCAUUCGAAAUUUCCUGAAAUCGAUCAUAAAAGUCAUGAUGUAUAUUUAGAGCAAAAAGGAAAGAACCCACAUGCUGAGUGGGACAUAAGGGUGGGCUUAUUACACAAAAUUAUUUAAAGCUUAAGAAGCUUACUACUUUAAAGGGACACUAUAUUCAUUAUAGUGGUCUGUGUGAAGUGUCACUGUUCCCUUAACCCUACAAUGUAAAACAUUGAGUCAAUGCUCUUAUGGGAAGGGCCACACAUGCAUAUUAGGUUACCCCAUCCGCUGAUGUCGGCAGAGGAGGAUCCCACUGGCUGAGGGUUCCUAUAGUGUUAGGAACACAGCUUUGUAAUGUGACAACAUGGGAUGCACAGGUAGCAGAUAAAGGGUAUGAUAAAACCGCAAUUUUGUGUAUUGAUUACUGCUCAGACAAACCUAAAAAAACAAAUUGCGUAAAUAUAUACAAUUUUAUAUUUCACUUAAUCAUGUUUUAUAGAAAAAUUGGGGGAAUGAAAAGUUUUAGAUAUUAUACAGUACCCAAUUUUUCACACAGGUUCUGAAAUAUUCAUCUAAAAAAAAAAAGGUUCUCCAUACAGUUGGUGUGACAAAAUAUAUAUAUUAAAAUAUAGAUAUUUAUAAAGACCCUGGUGGCAAAAAUUAGUAUUAAUACAAUACAUAUAAGAAAUGUGUUCCUCUGCAAGUUGCUAAUAAUUUCUGGAGAGUAAAUUAAAUUGGGCAUUUUGGUUCAAAGGUCAUCUUACAAAGGUAAAUAAUGUGGUCCUUAUCCUUGUGAUUAAACAGUAACCCAUCAUCUCCUGAUGUUAACUCCACUACCCUUUCUCCCAUCAAUGAGUCAGUGACAGGAUAAUCAAACAUGUUAUCAGUACAUGGCAAGUCCUGUUUUAUAAGAUGAUAAAGUUAAGUGGUUUAAAGGACAACUAUAGGCACCUAGACCACUUCAGCUUAAUGAAGUGGUCUGGGUGCCAGGCCCACCUAGGAUUAACCCUUUCUGCUAUAAACAUAGCGGUUUCAGAGAAACUGCUAUGUUUACUUUAGGGUUAAUCCAGCCUCUAGUGGCUGUCUCAUUGACAGCCACUAGAGGCGCUUCCGCGCUUCUCACUGUGAUUUUCACAGUGAGAAGACUCCAGCGUCCAAGGAAAGCAUUGAGAAUGCUUUCCUAUGGACUAGCUGAAUGCGCAUUCAGCCGAUGACGACCGAAGGAGGAGGAGAGUCUCCAGCACCUAGGGAGCCCGGCGCUGGAGAAAGGUACGUUUUUAACCCCUUCCUCUCCAUCCAGCCCCGCGGGAGUGGGACCCUGAGGGUGGGGGCACCCUCAGGGCACUAUUGUGCCAGGAAAACAAGUAUGUUUUCCUGGCACUAUAGUGGUCCUUUAAUAGGACAAAGCUGGGAUUUAGGGAAUUUUGUCCUGAGGAGUUCCAAGGUGAGAAGCAUUUGUAAAAAAAGAGGUGAGGUUCAGCAAAAUGCAUCUGGAGGGAGUUUUAGUCAGUGAAGCACUUCGAAGUAGACUUGUGCACAAAUGGGUUUCAGCUAUUACGAACAAAUCAAAUUCCUUUUAUCUAUACCCGAACUAAGGAUUUUACCCGUGUAGUCUUAUUCAUUGAAUAAGUAUCACCAGCUAAAGCCUGGCUGAUCUUUCAUUGGGCAAUUGCACAAAUCUACCUGGAAGUAAACUUAUGUCACGAUGGGGUGGGGCAAUAAAGUUAAUUUAUAAAAGUAUCAAUAUUUUUAGCAUGUUUAAAGUAGCUGUUUGUACCUUUUAUCAGUAAUAGACAAUAUUACUAUGGACAUUGCCAGUAUAAGUUGGAGCAUGAAAAAUUUGUCCUAAUUCUGUAAAUGAAAAACCUGGCUGUGUCGUAAUGGGUCAGGAUACACAUUACAAACGAUUGGUUUUAUUCUAUUUAUUCUCUCAUUUUAGAAUAAACCCACCACCGGGAUCUUAUCCAGUACAGCAGUAUUACACUCCUCCCCAAGGCUUACCCAAUACCUACUCUCCAUAUCAGAACAUGAAGCCUGUUGGAAAUUUGACACCAAGUACUUUUCCUGCUACAUCCUUACCCACCCAAAUAGGCAUCACACCAGGACAAUUUCAUCAACCAGCACAAUUGUGCCCAGAAGGACACAGUCAUGCAGAUACUUGCACUCCAAGUGCCAUUGAACAAACAGAAUUAAUUCAAGUUCAGACACGAUAAUGUUUCAAUCAAUACAAAGAUAUGAAUUCUCUGUUCAAACAUCUAGAUAUUAUCUGAAGGAAAUUGGUGAGAUUACAUGAAUAAUUUUCUGAAAGGAUGACUAUUCUACGUAAACUGAGAGCUUUAAUGGGAAUGAAGCUGCCAAUAAUUUCCAGUUUAUUCACCGUAUUUGCCUUUUAUUCUUAUAGCAAGCAAAGAGGAUCUAUGAUAUGUUAUACAAAGUACAACCUUGUCUUAAUACUGCUGAAAUAGUGGUUGUUAUGGUUAGUAUAUCAACCGCUGGCAUCACACAUUUGUAAUGUCAAAAAGGAUUGUAAAUACAAUGAACCUUCUGUUCAAUUAAUAUCACACUAUAUCUUAGUUUCUCAGAGUAACUGGGAGGAACUUUCUCCUGCACGUUGCUUGUCAGUCAGUCCUUGGCAUACUGGAUCAUGCUUUUGACACAUGAGGG